ACUUUGAGAUCACAAAAGCAGGAGCCCGCCUCUGUUCCGUCCAAGCCAGAAGAAAUUGGCGAUCCUCCUGCCGCGGGCAACGGCAAGCUACCUAUUGCCACCGGCCAGAUUCUAACAAGAUUACCUGUAAAACCUUCAUUAUCUAGUACAAUACCAGCAAAGAGAGAUGAGAAAGACUUCAAUUAUACUAAAGUUGCUGCCGCAGCAGGGCCUCCUUUGGAUCCUGGGAGCAAAAACAUACCAUUGCUGAAAAGGGUUCCGCCAAAAUUGGACUGGGCCAUGUCACCACAAGUGUCAGUACCUGUUGAUAAAAGGUGGCCAAAUGGAGGAUCAAAUCCUUCUGUUUCCUAUUCUUUGGCAUCUUCUUUGCAGGCAUCACCUCCACCGCCCAAGACAGAAGCUCGUUAUGUGGCUGUUGGAAAUGAAUUGAAGAAUCUACAGAUAGGAACUGUGAGAGAACCAGUUAUAGUCAUGCAACGACCCCAGUCUGUCAAUGCCAGGCACACUCCCACCUCAAAUGUAAGCUCAUCUCCUCCAGGAACAGCAGUGUCGUGGUAUCCUAGUAAUAUUGCUGAAACAAUGACACCCAAUGGUAUGAUUCCACAUAUUCCGUGCACAAGAAGCCUGAGCAUGAAUGGCGUCAGCACUAACCAAUUGUACAACCAACUUCAUUAUCAACAGCACCCGCAUCCAGAACAAUUUGUUUCCAGCAAUGGCACACUUGAAUCACCAGGAUCUAGCCGGGGAAAUAGUUUGUGGAGUAACACAGGUGCAUCCCAGACACAAUCAAUUGCUGCAGCUUCCUCACUUGGACUUUUCUCCGGUUUGGGCACCAAUGGUACUUCUGGGUCAUCGUCUCCUGUUGACUGGAACACCGGCGGUGGCUCAAUGCUGCAGCUAGAUUACGCCAACAUAGACUGGAGUUUGGAUCGCGGCUCAUCGCCGUUGAGAACAGGUGGUAUGUGGCCAACAACGAACUCAUUUAUGCAAAACAAUGCUCGUAAAUAUGAUUCAUUUACCCCUGGACUUGCUGUAAAGUCUACCAUAAGACCUGAUAUGCGCAAUGGGAUUGGUAUACCGAUUCCCGGGUUGCACGAUGGAGCAAGUACAGCAGAAACGUCGGCUGGCGGUUCUCGGGAGUGGACUUCUCCUUUUGAAGAGAAAGACCUUUUUAGCUUACCAAGACAGUUUGUUUCUUCUCCCUCGCUGUAGGGUGGUGGGAGGGAUUUGACUGAAUAAAAAAGAAAAGAGAUGAAAAAAAGAGAACAGUAAAUGUGCUUUGGAUUUGGUGUUGGUGUUGGCUCUUAUGAUGCAUUUGCCCUCUUGAUAUUGUGAGCAAUUAUAGUGAAAAAGAAUACAGUCGUUUUGGUUUAA